UAAAACUCGCGAAUAUAUUAAUUUUAUUACCGCAACUAAAUAUUUUAAACUACUCAAAAAACAGCUUAGUGUUAUUUAGUCGGUUGUAUAAAUCUGUCAACGACACCUCGGGCCGUGAUUAUUUCUCCUUGCUGCUUGUUCUCGGCAGGACACCCCCCAUAAUAUAAGUCAUUAUGUUUGUCAAUACAUAAGCCUCCAGUAACAUGUUAGUGAAACUCGCUCAGAAAUGGGGUGCGGCGACCUCAAAAGACUUCUCUAGCGUAGCCUUAUUGGUCAGCGGGUACCACAAACGAUGAAGCACAAAACAUCUGUAAGCUUUCCUAUUUGGAUUUCGAACAAGAAGAAUGACACCGAGUUUGAGAAAUUAUUAUAUGGAUACGAUUCCAUCUCUGAAUCCAGAAAAAUCGGUUCUGUCGACAAUACCCUGGAGACCUCCGAUGCUUACUUUACCUUAUAUUCAUUCUAAUAUGAAUACGGAUCUGACUACGACCCACACUGAUCUGACUCCAAUAAUUCCGGUAACUUACAAUUCUAGUUUGCCAACCGAUUGCUGGAGCCAAAGAUUUCUUCCUCAGACUCCUUUUAGCUGUAACAUUCCGAUGCAAAAGCCUGAAAUAACCUCAUCCGUUAUAUCCACUCGACGUUGCAGAAAGUGCGUGUGUCCUAACUGUCAGAAUCCCGAAGGCAACAAUAACGGAAAUGGCAAAAAGCAACAUCGUUGUCACUUUCCGAAUUGUGAAAAAGUAUACGGAAAGACCUCUCAUCUAAAGGCCCAUCUUCGAUGGCAUUUAGGUGAAAGACCUUUCGCGUGUAGUUGGUUGCAUUGUCAGAAGAAUUUCACCCGUUCUGAUGAGUUGCAACGUCACAUGAGGACGCACACCGGUGAUAAACGUUACGCGUGCAAUCAAUGCACCAAGCGAUUUACCAGAUCUGAUCAUUUAAAUAAACAUAUGAAGACCCAUUCUACAGCAUCUAAGAACAUAUUGUAAAUUGUACUUGCUCUUAGUCUGUAUAUAAUGAAUUUUUCAAUUAAAUAUU